AUGCCAAUAAAUGUUCGGAAGCCUUCUGUUACCAAUGAAGAUGUUACACAAGAAGAAUUAGGUGGAGCAAAAACACACACCACAGUAUCAGGUGUUGCUCAUCAUGCAUUUGAGACUGAUGUUAGUGCUUUAUUGGAAUUAAGACAUUUCAUGAAUUUUCUCCCACCGAGUAACCUGAAAUCAGCUCCUAUAAGAAAAUGCGAAGAUCCUCUACACAGGUUAGUACCUGGUUUGGAUACAGUUGUACCUUUGGAAUCCACUGCUGCUUAUGAUAUGAAAGAUGUUAUUCUUGGAAUUGUAGAUGAACAAGAUUUUUUUGAGAUUAUGCCAAAUUAUGCCAAAAAUAUUGUGAUUGGGUUUGCUCGGAUGAAUGGACAAACAGUUGGCUUAGUUGCAAAUCAGCCCAAAGUAGCAGCAGGUUGUCUGGAUAUCAAUGCUUCAGUGAAAGGUGCACGGUUUGUACGAUUCUGUGAUGCAUUCAAUAUCCCUAUCAUCACAUUAGUAGAUGUACCAGGAUUUUUGCCAGGUACAAAUCAAGAAUAUGGUGGCAUCAUUAGACAUGGUGCUAAAUUACUAUAUGCCUUUGCUGAAGCAACUGUUCCAAAAGUGACUGUGAUCACAAGGAAGGCUUAUGGUGGUGCCUAUGAUGUUAUGAGUUCUAAACAUUUGCGAGGAGAUGUCAACUAUGCCUGGCCAACUGCUGAAGUUGCAGUAAUGGGAGCUAAGGGUGCUGUGAAAAUUAUUUUCCGUGGUGAUGAUAAUCAAGCAGAAGCUGAAUAUGUAGAAAAAUUUGCCAAUCCAUUUCCAGCUGCAACAAGAGGUUUUGUUGAUGAUAUAAUUGAGCCUAGUACAACACGUUAUCGCAUCUGUCAGGAUUUGGAAAUGUUGGCCAAUAAGAGGUUAAACAAUCCUUGGAAGAAACAUGCCAAUAUACCUCUAUAA